GCGCACUGUUGUUCGACCUGUAGUAGCAAACUUCUCGGUGUCUGCGGUGCCGGUCAGCUCGAGCAUGUUCGGGAACAAGUCGAGCCGCCUCGUGUCGGGGCUGCUGAGCCUCAAGACGACCGCGGCGGCGCGGAGCGCCUUCAGCCGGACUGCGGGGGGCGAACAGCGGGCACUGUGGCUGCAGGAGCGCGGCUGUCCGGACACCCGGCGGCACGUCGUCACCUGUCACUCCAGGGCUCGGUCUGCCUCCCAACCCACAGUGGACCCCGACGAGCUGAGGAGGUUCCAGUCUCUGGCCGGCAAGUGGUGGGAUGAAGGAGGAGAAUUCGCAGCUCUUCAUGCAAUGAAUGACCUGCGGGUGCCUUUCAUACGGGACAACCUGCUGAACGUGCACGGGCCCCGUCGCCCUGGGAAACCCCUCGGAGGCCUCCGGGUCCUGGACGUGGGCUGCGGAGGAGGCCUGCUCACAGAGCCCCUCGGCCGCCUGGGGGCCGACGUGUUGGGUAUCGAUCCGGUCGGAGACAGCAUCGGUACGGCCCGGCUGCAUUCGGCCCGGGACCCGGACCUGCGGGACCGGGUCUGCUACCGGGCCUGCACUCUGGAGGAGCUCUCGGCGGAGAGGGAGGGAGGAGAGGAGGAGGAGGAGGAGGAAGAGGAGGAGGGUGUGGGCCAGUACGACGCCAUUGUGGCCUCCGAGGUGGUGGAGCAUCUGGCCGACCUGGAAACCUUCGCCUCCUGCUGCAACCACGUGCUGAAGCAACCUGUCGUACGCUCUGGGUAUUGUUGUCGCCGAGCAGCUGCUGCGCAUCGUUCCCAGCGGGACGCACGACUGGGAGAAGUUCAUCAGUCCUGUGGAACUGGAGCGCCUCCUGGAGUCCAACGGUUUCUCGGUGCAGUCGGUCCGAGGGAUGCUCUACAACCCGGCAUCGGGAGCCUGGAGCUGGACUCGCAGCACCGCCAUCAACUACGCCGUCCACGCCGUCAAAGCGAGAGGCGCAGAGGAGAGCGACGCCGACCCAGACGACCGAGUCAGGAGAUAGAGGGAGGAGGAGGAGAAGAAGGAAAUGUAGAUUCGGGUGCGAUGCGGCGAAAUGAGGCUGUCGGCCUCGAGGGAGAAGGAGCGAUGUAAUGCAGGGGCCGAGUCACACACCACAAUGAGGUGAUGUCACGCUUUUUGGUUUGCUCAUCAGCCUCUGCUCGGUGACGCAAUCGGUUCAAGGAAUGUUCAGUGUUUGAGCUUGAGAGGCAACAAUGCGUCCCCUGACUGUGUGAUUCAGAGAGAGACGUGUGACCGUCAGAGUUUAUUUAUGUCGAGGCUGAAUAUUGUGAUUUGCUAUGUCGCCUAUUAAAAAUGUAAAGGUAAUUAAAUUUCCUAAAUUCUC